CUCUACGGCCCGUCUCGGGCUCCUUCCCCCACCAGCCAGCCGCGCGGCCGACGAGGGUGAGAUUUGAUUCCAAUGACUCGCGGAAGCGGCUGGUGAUGAUGCCGGGGCGCAGCAGUGGUUGGGGAGCCGCGCCCUCGCGCAGCCGCCAAGACCACCACGACGAGCGGUUGCGCCGGCCUUCCUCGUCGUGAGUCAGCGAGCGAGCGAGCGGCCGAGCCCCGUCACCACCCCGCGGCCGGUGGCGGGAGCGGUUUGGCGCCGUCCGGGCCCUCCGCCCGGAGACCAGGCCUGAGGAGCGAGGCGAGGCGUCCCGCGUCUUUACGCGCGCCGCCGCGUCUGCCUUGGCGAGGCGCUAGCGCGCGUUGCCAAAAUGAAGCUAGUGCGGAAGGACAUCGAGAAAGACAACGCCGGGCAGGUGACGCUUAUCCCCGAGGACCCCGAGGACAUGUGGCACGCCUAUAACCUGCUGCAGGUGGGCGACAGUUUGCGGGCCUCCACCAUCCGCAAGGUGCAGACGGAGUCGGCCACGGGAAGCGUGGGCAGCAACCGCGUCCGCACCACGCUCACCCUCUGCGUGGAGACCAUCGACUUCGACUCGCAGGCGUGCCAGCUGCGCGUCAAGGGCACCAACAUCCAGGAGAACGAGUACGUGAAGAUGGGCGCCUACCACACCAUCGAGCUGGAGCCCAACCGCCAGUUCACGCUGGCCAAGAAGCAGUGGGACAGCGUGGUGCUGGAGAGGAUCGAGCAGGCCUGCGACCCGGCCUGGAGCGCCGACGUGGCGGCCGUGGUGAUGCAGGAAGGGCUGGCUCACGUCUGCCUGGUCACGCCGAGCAUGACGCUGACCCGCGCCAAGGUGGAGGUGAACAUCCCUCGCAAGCGGAGGGGCAACUGCACGCAGCACGACCGGGCCCUGGAGAGGUUCUACGAGCAGGUGGUGCAAGCCAUCCAGCGCCACAUCAACUUCGAGGUGGUGAAGUGCGUCCUCGUGGCCAGCCCGGGCUUUGUGAGAGAGCAGUUCUGCGACUACAUGUUCCAGCAGGCGGUCAAGACGGACAACAAACUCUUGCUGGAGAACCGCUCCAAGUUCCUGCAGGUACACUCUUCCUCUGGACACAAAUAUGCAUUGAAAGAAGCCCUGUGUGAUCCAGCUGUUACUAGUCGACUUGCUGAUACUAAGGCGGCCAGCGAAGUCAAAGCCUUAGACGAUUUCUACAAGAUGCUACAGCAUGAGCCUGACCGAGCAUUUUAUGGCCUCAAGCAUGUGGAACAGGCCAACGAAGCCAUGGCUGUUGAUACCUUGUUGAUCAGUGAUGAACUUUUUAGGCAUCAGGAUGUGGCCACUCGCAGUCGGUAUGUCCGGCUAGUGGAUAGUGUGCGGGACAACAUGGGCACUGUUCGCAUCUUCUCUAGCCUUCAUGUGUCUGGGGAACAGCUUGGUCAGCUCACAGGUGUGGCUGCUAUUCUUCGUUUCCCUGUUGCUGAGCUGUCUGAUCAGGAGGAUGAAUCUAGUUCUGAAGAAGAUUGAUGAUAGUGUACUCAUUUGCUCUUGUUAUCUUACCAGGUAGCAAGAUUACUGUAGUGGGGAGUCUUUCUCCCAAAUAUUCCAUGCCACUGUACCAUGACUUACAAAACACAACGAGAACACUAUUUUUUAAAGAGAGAGCCGAGGUGAGCAUCUAGUGUACUGCCUAUUUAUAUAUUUUUCUUGGUACAGUGGUAGCAAUUAUAAGCGUUCUUUCCCAGUAAAACUGGAUUGACCAACUGGCAUAACUAAUUUGCAAACCUCAUUGGUUCUUUGUGAAACAUGUGAAAAUAAAUAAACUGAUACCAAGACAGAUGAUA